UUGCCUGUUGGUUUUUCCGAACAGCCUGUUUUCAUCUACUGAACUCAGACCUGGGUUUGCGUGCCUAUGCCUGUGUUCUAGUGUGUGUGUGGUGAGUACUAAGUCAUUUUUAGGAAGACGUUUGAGCCAGCGUAAUAUAUCUUCUUCUUGAGGAGAUGAGUCCUGUACUCCUCAGGGUUUUUCCCACAUCACAGGCUCGAACAGAGAAGGAGAGGGACUGGAGGGAGGGACCAAAAAGAGAAGAGUCAAUUCAAAGAGGACGAGGCAGACAGCAAAAGAUAGGUUCACAGUGUGCCCAGACUGUGUGAUCUCGGCAAUGCAAUUCUCCUGAACAUCUGCUGUUUUCAUCUUCAUUACAAUAUCCAGAAUGUUGGGACCAGGAUGGAUCAUCCAGAUUAUCUGAGGUCUCCCUGCUUUCCCCCGGCAGAGGCCAGACCGUCCCCGAGCCUCACCCCGCAGGGCACCAUCUGCCUCUCCCUCUUCCAACAGCAUCCCCCGGUAGCGGUGUAGCGUGGAAAGGCGACCCCGUAAAUAUGCCUGGAUGGAGGUCUCAGUGGCGUCUCGUCUUGCUGAACUCCCUGACCUGUGGCCUGGAGAUCUGCGUGGCAGCUGGGAUCACGUACGUCCCCCCUCUUCUGCUGGAGGCUGGGGUGGAGGAGCAGUACAUGACCAUGGUGCUAGGUAUCGGCCCAGUGUUAGGACUCGUCUUCAUCCCUCUGAUUGGCUCAGCCAGUGACCAAUGCAGCAGUAGCUACGGCCGCCGCCGCCCCUUCAUCUGGCUGCUGUCCCUGGGAGUUCUCCUGGCCCUCCUCAUCAUCCCCCACGCCGACCUGCUCGCGGCCUACUUCUUCUGGGGUGGACGCACCCUGCAGGUGGCCUUCCUCAUCAUCGGCGUGGGCCUGCUGGACUUCUGCGGCCAGGUGUGCUUCACGCCACUGGAGGCCCUGCUCUCCGACUUGUACCGCGACGAGGAGGACUGCAACCAGGCCUUCGCCAUGUUCUCCUUCAUGGUCAGUCUCGGCGGCUGUGUGGGAUACCUGCUGCCCGCGCUGGACUGGAGGCGGGGCCUGCUGUCCGUCUACCUGGGCGGCCAGGCGGAGUGCCUCUUCUUCGUCCUCAUCCUCAUCUUCGUGACCAGCGUGCUGAUCACCAUGAAGGUGUCGGAGGAGGUGCCGUGUGCCGUCGGCUCCGCCCUCAAGCCGGGUCCUCUCCUGGAGGCCGGCCGCUGCGCCUCAGUGCCGCGCUCCUGCUGCCAGCUGCUGAAGUGCCGGCCGCGCCUCCUGAAGGGGGCUCCCCCGCUGUGCCUGCUGAGGACGUGCCGAGCCAUGACGCCGGCCAUCUACCGCGGCUACCGCCACGUGCCUCGGGUGAUGACGAGGCUGUGCGCGUCACAGCUCUGCAGCUGGAUGGCCGUCAUGUCGUUCAUGCUCUUCUACACAGACUUUGUUGGGGAGGGGCUGUACGGGGGAGUGCCCAGCGCCCCGGCCGGCACCGCCCCCAGGCAGCGCUACGACGAUGGCAUCCGGGUCGGCAGCCUGGGCCUUUUCCUGCAGUGUGCCACCUCCACCGUCUUCUCUCUGCUCAUGAGCCGGCUCGUCCGGCUGUUCGGGUCGCGUCGGGUCUACGUGAGCAGCAUGGUGAGCUUCACCAUCUCUGCCAUGGUCAUCUGUACGUCCGACAAUGUGGUCCUGGUCACGCUGAUGUCAGCCCUGACAGGCUUUGCCUACGCCACGCUGCAAACUCUUCCCUACACCCUCACUUGCCACUACCACAAGGAAAUGGAGGUUUACAUGCCAAAAAAGAAAAACGUGCUGAAGAACGGGAUCAAGCGGGACUCCACACCUUGUUUGACAGUAGUGGAUGAGGAGGCUGUACUGGCCCAAGAACUGGGGAACCACAACGGGCACGCUGUCUUCAGCAAGGACUGCCCGCCUCCACAUGGCCAGAACGGAGCAUCCCACGGCAUCAUGAACGCCGACCACGAAGAGCCAGAGGGCUAUGAGGAGCGUGGAGUAGGACUGGACUUUGCCGUCCUGGACAGCACAUUCCUCCUCUCUCAGGUCUUCCCCACCCUCUUCAUGGGCAUGAUCGUUCAGUUCACCAAGUCCGUUACCGCCUACAUGGCCUCCUCCGCCAUCUUCGGCGUCAUCGCCAUCUACCUGGCCAACCGCGUCGUCUUUGACCAGAAGGACCUCAAGGGCUGAAAGAAACCCGGAACUAAGAGUGAGACAGGCUGCAGUCCUGCUACUAGCAUGCAAUACUCCAGUGUUGUUGCUGCCCGUUGCCAUGGCAUUCAAAAUGCAUUGACGUGAGGCUGUUCAUCAGUGCGGGCUGUGUGUAUUUAUGCAGAAGAAUUAAAGGAAAAUGGAUACCCAUAAGAAUAGUUUUCUUCAGAGUUUACUGAGGCUACAAGAGACAAAACUGGAGUCUGUAUACUCAAGACGGUCUCUUACCUUGUCUCUGUCAGCCACUCAGAUGGGUCACUUCUCAGGUACACCAAGUGCCACACCAUGACCAGACCUUGUCAGCCCUUGGACAACUGGGAUAUAGACUUAUUACCAUUUUAUUCUCAUCUGUGUGUGUGUGUGUGGAUUUUGACAGAGCUACAGUGAGUCAGUCAGUCAGAGGGCAUUGUCCAACUCAUUGCUGACUGGCUGCAAGAGCUGACCGAGUCUGGAGAGCCGAGCACCUGCAGGGGAGACCAUCAGGGCUAGAGUCUCCAUGCUGCUACUCUAUAUCGCGUCUCUCUGUUCUUCUCAAGCGGGUUGUGCUUGUGGUCAGAAUGGGUCCAUUAGAUGGUACUUACCAAAACAUAUAUAUCCCACAAGUAAAACGCCUAAUGGGACCAUUGGACUUGUUUGCAGAGAAACAUCAAACUUCAAAAGUUUGAGUGUGUAUUUGUUCCCAAAUGUUGGUUGGGUUUUGCUAAUGAACAGGCUUACUGUAUAUUUUCAAUACACAUCUAUAUACAUACAGUGGGGAGAACAAGUAUUUGAUACACUGCUGAUUUUGC